GAGUCUGUUUGCCUUCCUAGUAGCCAAACAUAAACCCAAGGAUGAUGGUAUUAUUCCGGAAUGGCGAACGCUCGAGCAUUGGGAUAACACUACCAUUACAGACCUACAGAUCACACAUUUUUGGGAAGCGAUGAGAGAAUAUCAACGUUAAACGUCCAUACAGCGACAGACAAAUGCGAAAGACGCGACCGGCCAGGAUCCAAAUCGUCACGGAGCCGUCUGCGGAUCAAAUGAAUCUCGCUGGCCAGCAAACGAGCGUGUGCAAGUCGCCAAAAUCCGGACAAUAAUUGCACCCCAAAAACGAAAGCGAUCCGAGGCGGGUUUACCGCACCACGAGUGCAGAAGAUCGCGUCUGGAUUGCGUUGCCGCACAGCGCGUUAGCGUUCAACCGCACGCGCGUGAAGGUGAACGGCCGCGGCCGUCGGAGUCACGCUCGCGUGCGGCGCCCGUCCAUACGCGGCGGCGGGGAUGCGUGCCGUGCGGCCUCGGGUACACUGGAAGCAGCGGGUCUCCAGCGAAUUUGGGGUUUUCGCUGAAAACACCGGGUUGUAUGGCUUGGCGCGUUGCACAUUAUUGUAGGAGGUGUUUGGUGGAGCUGCAGAUGGUGCAUGUGUAAGCAGCUGUAAUUAUCUGACUGUCACCACUGUGAACCUUGCUGCUUAUGAAUUCAUUUAAUGCACUUUAUUCGUCUCCUGUCACUGUGGGUUAUGUGGCUGCACGUAUUAUAUUCUCCAGUCUUUGGUUCCGAGAAGCUCCACUUGCACUGUGUUGAGCUCAGUAGCUCCAAAGACCAGAAUAACCUUGCUAAAAACACUGAGAGCCGUAGGACCAACUGACUGUGAAUCAUCUCGACCCAUUUAUACACUGUAGUGAAGCCACAGAAUUCAGCAGCAAGACUGAUUCUUCUCAUUUGGACCGAGUCCGCAGGCUGUUAAUGUUUUUAAAGCGAUCCUGAAGAGGAAAGAUGAUUCAGUCCUCAGGAAUCUCCAACUUGAAGCGCCAGAGAUAAUACAGAAAUGUAGCGUAUUGAUCCUGCGUGCACCCCCGAGAGAGUCUAGUUGUUAUGACACUACCAAAUACUAAGUACUAAAGGGAUUUCACUGCGUUUAUGUGGACAUUCGGAGUUUGUUUCCUAAAAGGGACGAUGCUGGUAAGGAGGACCACUGCGUUUUCCCAAAAGGAACUUUGACCCCUGAAAGGACAAAACUCACCUCAAGGAGUGGAAAGAGGAAAUACAACUAACCCUACACUAAUGACAUGAUCUCAGACUGACAUAAAAAUCACUACACAAAUAAACGGACAAACCUCGGACCGUUUGCAGCCAUGAGUGUUCGACAUCCGACCUCCACGCUGGACAGUCCUUUUGCUGCUUGGUUGAGCAGUUUGACGUUAGGAGACUCGGAGCGCAGGUCUUCUCCUGGCCAGCAGAGAGAAACGCUGUCUGAUCUCUCCUCAGACAAUGCAGGGACAGGUUUAGUCCAAAGAUGUGUGGUUGUGCAAAGGGACAAUCUGGGGUUUGGCUUCACCGUCUGUGGUGAGAGAAUCAAACUAGUGCAGAAUGUUCGGCCAGGUGGAGCGGCGGUCAAGGCUGGAGUUCAGGAAGGAGACCGAAUCAUUAAGGUCAAUGGUUCAUUGGUUUCCUCCAUGUCUCACCAGGAAGUUGUAAAGAUGAUCAAAUCCGGGACGUAUGUGGCGUUGACUCUUCAGGGCCCGCCUCCUUCAGUCGCGUCUGUCCCGCUUCAGCCCCUCCCUACUGACCUCUUGCCCAAUCACAGGACUGCGCCGGGCGGCGAAGCUCCGCCACCUCCACCAACGCCACCCACAGGAAGCAGCACCCCGACUCAGAGAAUCACAGGACCCAAACCAUUACAGGACCCUGAGGUGCAGAAACACGCCACAGAAAUCCUCCGAAAGAUGCUGGAGCAGGAGGAGGCAGAGCUACAGAACCUUCUGGAGGAACAGUCUCGAAAUCCCUCACCUUCAUUAGAGGAGCGAAUAGAAAGUGCCAAACGAAGAGCCAAUCAAGUACGAGUGAAGAUCCAGCGGGAUGUGGAUGGCACUCGAUCAGAAGCUGUCGCUAACUAUCUCAUAGCCGGAGAAGGUCGGUUAUCGAUGGACUCCAGUGAAGGAGACUUCGAGGUGUGUGAGAGUCCCUUCUCCUCCCCGUCCUCCUUCCUCAGGAACCCUCAGCUCUGCCGGCAGGGAUCCGACACGCACACCUCGGACUCGGGAGGAAAGAUGCAGAUCAUUGGCCCGGAGGAAGAAGAUGAGGAUGAUGGGUAUUCGAUUAAUGAGAUGGACGGGCCAUUUCAGGACAUCGAGCUGCUGAAGAGUCGUCCUGCUCACAUGACGGUGUUCAUGAGAUACGUAUUCAGUCAACUACUGGAUCCAAACCCGCUGUUGUUUUAUCUGUCUGUGGAGGCGUAUCUGGGCUCCAGCACCAAAGACGCCCGUUCACUCGCCCCUCAGAUCUGCUCACACUUCCUGGACCAUGAUGCCCCUCUGAAGAUUAAAGUGCGAGAGGAGUUUCUGACAGAUAUCGAGAAUCGUCUGCACGCACAGGAGGACAUUCGAGGGCCGCUGUCUGAGCUCCAGCAGCAGGUGCUUCCAGACAUUCAAGACCAGCUUCAAGACUACAGGAAUAAGCAGAUGAUGGGUCUGGGCUCUCUGUUUGGAGAGAGCGACCUGCAGCAGUUAGACGGAGACCCUGCGAAAGAGAGACAGGUGGUGGACAAACAGGUGGUGGCGCUGUGGGAGAUCCUGUCAAAACAUGAGGAGGAUAGAAGUUCUCCACUAGCAUCUGCGGUUCAUCUGUAUCUCAGACACUCGGGCAUUAAGCUCAGAGACUCCAAAGUGUUUCCUGGUUUGAUCUCAGAGAAGGAAAAGUGGCUUCCAUUCUUUCCUAAAUCUAAAAAGCUGAGCAGCACGAAACGAGAGAAGGAUGGAGAUGACAAGAAACGAAAUCCCAUCCUGAAGUACAUCGGCAAACCCAGAAGCACGUCUCAGUCCACGUUCCAUGUUCCUUUGUCCCCCACUGAAGUUCGACCCGGCAGCGUGAGAAACAUCAUUCAGCAGUUUGAGAAUAAUUCGGACUCUAUUGAAGACGGUGAUAUUGAGGGACAGAGAUUGUCUUCCAGCAGCUUCGGAGAGGACAGCAUGGACAGUCCGACCAUAUCGGUGCGUUUGGCUCGCAGCGAGUCUUUAAAAGCUCAGGGGGAGGGGCGUCGACGAGGAGGCGGGGCCGGGGCGGAGUCUGUCCCUCGUUCCCGUAGCGAUGUUGACAUGGAGGACUGUGAUGAGAGGGAUGGUCCGGGACUGAGAUCGUUACAUCACAGCGCCUCGUCUUCAGCAUCCAGCAGUUCGGCACGAUCACUGGAGAACCCAACGCCGCCGUACACUCCUCGCUCUCAGCGCAGGAUUGUGGACACUCCGGUGCCUCUGUUACCGGAUGAGGACGUGAUCGACUCGCAGAACUGGCAGGAGACGGUGGAGCCGCACGUGCUGGCGUCGCUUACCUCACGAGAGAUCGACCGUCAGGCCGUCAUCUACGAGUUGUUCACCACAGAAGUGUCUCACCUUCGGACGCUGCGGGUUCUGGAUCUCGUGUUUUAUCAGAAGAUGCAGAGCGUCCUCAGUCCAGAAGAGCUGUCCUGUAUCUUCCUAAACCUGCGUCAGGUCUGCGAACUACACGCGAGCUUAUGUGAGGCCAUGAAGAAGCGCAGGGAAUCACCGAUCGUUCAGGGCAUCGGAGACGUCAUGCUGGCCACAUUCGAGGGAGAGGCUGGAGAGCAGUUUGAGGAGCAGGUGUCUCAUCUGUGCAGUCAGCAGAGUCAAGCGUUGGAGCUCAUCAAGAACAAACAGCGCAAAGACCCUCGAUUCGCACACCUCAUACAGGAAUGUGAGACCAGUCCACACUGCCGGAGGUUACAGCUGAAGGAUCUGCUGGUGGCUGAAAUGCAACGCUUGACUAAAUACCCACUGCUGCUGGACAACAUCAUCAAAUACACAGAAACGUCGUCUCCUGACCUGCAGCUGCUUCAGAGAGCUCAGGCCCGAUGCCGCGGGAUUCUGCAGGCCGUUAACGAGGUCGUCAGGGAGACGGAGCACCGGCAUCGUCUCAGCCAAUACCAGCGCAGGCUGGACCUGACUCCUCUGGAACGGCUGGCCAAUCCCGUCGCUGCGCAGUUCAAGAAUCUGGAUCUCACCACUAAGAGGAUGAUCCACGAGGGGCCGCUCACAUGGAAAGUCAGCAAAGACAAAGCCAUCGAGGUGCAGGCGCUGCUGCUCUCAGAUCUGCUGGUGCUGCUUCAGAGGGGUCCAGACGAGCGUCUCAUCCUGCGUUGUCCAUCACGCUCACUGGGUGGAGGCGGAGCUACAGAUCUCAAAAUCCCAUUCUGCCCAAUCGUACGCCUCGAUUUCGCCCUCGUCCGAUUGGUUGCGACAGACAAUAAAGCGCUGUAUGUGAUCAGCACGUCAGAGAGCCAGAUUUAUGAGCUGGUGGCCGGGACGUCGUCAGAAAAGAACACCUGGAAAGAUCUGCUGGAAAAGACAAUCACUGCAGCCGCUCAAGUAGCAAGAUUGAGCAAACAAGGAUCACCAGCACCGUCAUCAGAUGCGCGUUCAUCCGCCAAUCCAUUAGAUGUGUCGGAGUCGCCCGUGUCUCUGGAGCAGGACUCUGCUAGUGAUGAUGAAUGUGCUCUCACACCUGACACCACACCAACAGAUGGAUCAGACGCACGUCUGCAUGAGGACAGGGAUGGGAUCCAAAAUAAAGCUGGUGUCGCAGAAGCUGCUCUUCAGGAUGUGGAAACCCUCCGACAUCUGAUCUUCAGAGACCUGGAGGAUGGAUGGAGUCAAGAUUCUGAUGACACGCCCACAAAUGAGACAGCCAAUGAAAGGAGUCCUUUCACAGACAGACCGGGAGCGGAGUUGUCUGAUCCCGCCCCCAGCGAGAGUCCCAGCCAAUGGGAGGAGGAGCGUGUAGAAACUCCGCCUAUGGAGGUGCUGCAACCGCCUGUUCAGGUUGUGAGGAAAGUUUUGGGUGCGGGCUGUUCUCUUCCUGACAACAUCACCAAUGAUGUCACCGCCGGCCAAUCCUCUCGGGACGGAGGGAACAUGUUUUAUCUGGUCUUGCCCAAAGAGCAAUCCAGCGCUCACACAGACGAGAGCAGCACAGACGAGCUCAAAGACUCAGACGCGUCUGACAGCAUCCAUCAGACUAAAAACAUGCUCUCAUCGUCCUUCAUCAAUGAGGAAGAGGAACAGGAGACGCCCUGCCUCUCUCCAACCGACCAAUCGCUGACUGAAACAUUAAGUCAAAGGGAACGGCUCUGCCAAUCACAACUGAGCAUCCGACAACAUGUGAUCAAGAACGUUGAUGAGAUCUUUAACACCAUGGAGGAGCUGAUGAGGAAACUGCAGCACCUGAGGGACAUUGAAGCUGAUCACUACAAACUCCUGAAGAAAUUAAAAAAGCCACUUCCUGCGGAUAAAUUGUCAAGCGAUCUCGUCUACGAGUCUCCCAGAGCGGUCCGAAUGCCAUCACUGGACCGCGGAGCAGGAGAUGGUAAAGAGGGCGUCUCCGAACCAGCUCAGCCAGAAAUCCAGUCCACUGGUUUCUGAUGGUUUACACUGGACCUACUGGAGGACUUUCAUCUCACGCACACAGACUCACGCAAACACACGCUCUGCACUCUAUGAUGUAGCCCCUUCCCAGCAUGCCUUGCGCCUGGAAGCACCACCCAGGCUAAAUUAUGUGUUGUUUGUGUCAAUCAGAAUUUCGUGACUCGGGACGGAUGACCCUUCGGCCAGCGCUGAGACAGAAAGGACGAAAAAGAAAGUGGCAAGCGCAUCCCAGAGAGAAAAUGAAAUGUUAUUGGCAAAGAGCGUAACGGCGAAGCGAUGCACGAAGAACAGGAAGCAAAACGCAAGUGGAACAUGAACCAGCGCGGCUGAAGACAUGACUCUGUCCUGCGAAGGAAACCCGGCACUUUACCUGCUGCUCGUCUGUUUCUACUCCAUUCAAACUCACGAAACAGGCGACAUUUCGGUAUAUACAUAUCGUCCGUUAACGGAUGGACGGCAUUGACAAAUUCAGGUUCUUUUGCACUGGGACCCCUGUGGGAAUAAACACGGGGGGCGAAUAAGGACGUCUCACGAAUAUCAUUGUUCGUUCGUUAAUAUCGUAGCUUGUAUUUCAUUGCGUAACACUAUGCGAAAAAGGAAGGAAAACAAAGGUGAAGGUUUUAUUUUGAAGAUAUGUGCUCGAAUAUCGAAUGAACGUUUGUUCGGUUCUACGCACAGUUUAACACUAUCGCACAGUUCGUAACUGGACUCUUGUUUAUAUAUAUAUAUAUAUAUAUAUAUAUCUCGUACAGAAAAAGGGGCGUGUCUAUGAAUUCUGACAUCAUGUCAUGUGACCUGCAAGCUGACACAUUUGUAUUCCGUGUAAAUACUGUGAACUUUUGUCGCUCACUAUUUGCGCUAGUUCAUUCGUAGCUCAACGGGUGCUUGAAACAAAAUGAAGGGAUCGGGAACUCUAAUAAUACAAAAAACGACGCAACUUUACGUUUGAAACACGAGCGUCUUUAUAAGUGUUUAACUUGUAUGCCUAACCUGCCAAAGGAGGAUUGUUACCUCACCUCCUUUAAGUUUGUUUUGUUUCUUAUUUUGUAUUUUAAUAAUUGUUUUGGCGAGUUUAUGUGUGACUGCAGAACGUUUCUAACGCGGAUCGAAUUGGGCGGCGGUUGCUUGUAUGGAUAACUACUGUGUUAACUCAGGUGGAGAAAUGUAGAGGUGAUUUCUCUCGUUAGCUUUAACUCUUUCCCACACAUUUUCGUCUUUGGUUUCCUGCCUCAUUCCUCCAUCGUUCCAAGUUCAUACAUACACGUCAACGGCUCGACGAUUUGUACGCUGCACAACGAAGAAACCCAUACCCGUGCGAACUACUGUACGUAAAUGUUUGUUUUUAUUUUUAUUGACAUUCACUCAUGUAAUAUAGUUGACGGCCUGUUUUAUAUGUUCAUUUCCUGUAAAGCUCUAGUCAUUAC